AUGAAUGACGACGAUUCUACCUUUGGAGAGGCCUCUCCGAGCGCGAGCACUUCUAUACGGAGCUCCAUUACGAGGUACGAGUGGAGACACGGCCGUCGAUACCACGCCUACCAAUCUGGCGCGUACCCGUUUCCGAACGAUGAGCGUGAACAAGAUCGUCUGGACAUGCUACACCACGCCGUGACACGACUGCUCGACGACCGGCUAUUCCUGGCGCCCAUUCAGCCCAAUGGCAUGAGAAUCCUGGACAUCGGCACAGGGACAGGGCUGUGGCCCAUCCAAAUGGGCGAUUCAUACCCCGGAGCGAGCAUAACGGGCAACGACCUCAGUCCCAUCCAGCCCACCUGGGUCCCCGCCAACGUCAACUUCCUCGUGGACGAUGUCGAGCUGGACUGGGUCGAGACCAGCGCAUACGACUACAUUCACUGCCGGUACAUGUCUGCCUCGAUCAAGGACUGGCCGCGACUCAUUCGCCAAAUCCACAGCGCCUUGAAGCCCGGUGGCUGGGUGGAGUUUCAAGAAUUCUCAACGGCUUUCACCUCCGACGACGGCCCAAUGAGCAUAGACUAUCCUUGCCACGCAUUCACGCAACUCGGCCUCACGUUGAAUGAAGCGUGCAAUAAGACGGGCAGAAUGCUAGAUCCAACGCCCUACCUGAAACGGUGGAGCACUGAAGAGGGAUUCAAGACGAUUGAGCAGCACAACUUCAAAGUGCCCAUUGGCAAUUGGCCCAAGGACCAGCGGAGCAAAGAAGUCGGCACUUUGAUGGGCAUCAACCUAUCCGAUGGCGUAGACGGCAUGACGGCCGUCUUGGUCAGGGAUGUGCUGGGUUGGUCAGGGGAAGAAGUAGAGGUCCUCAAUGCCAGAGUGAGGAGCGCGACGCGCAGAGAUCCAAAGGUCAUGGCUGGCUAUGUCGUUGUCUUGGCGCAAAAGGCUAAAUGA